GCUCUCUGAGUGGAAACAUGAGCACUUUUGUGACCCUCUCAUCAGGGCAGAGGAUGCCCACCAUCGGACUCGGCACGUGGAAGAGCGCUCCAGGACAGGUGAAGCAGGCGGUGCUGGCAGCAUUACAGUGUGGAUACAGACACAUCGACUGUGCUGCUGCUUAUGGCAACGAACCGGAGGUGGGAGCAGCUCUGGCUCUGUGGGUUGGACCAGGAAAAGCUCUGCGCCGCGAGGAGAUGUUUGUGACCUCCAAACUGUGGAACACCAAGCACGACCCGAAGGAUGUGGAAGAAGCAUGCAGGACCAGCCUGGCCCAUCUGGGUCUCUCCUACCUGGACCUCUACCUCAUGCACUGGCCCAUGGCCUUCCAGCGAGGGGAGGAGCUCAUGCCUCGACGAGACGACGGCAGCAUUUGUUACUCUGACACACAUUACAGAGACACUUGGACAGCCAUGGAGAAGCUUGUAGAUAAAGGUCUGGUUAAGGCUAUAGGACUGUCCAACUUCAACACCAGGCAGAUUGAUGACAUCGUCAGCAUAGCCAGACACAAACCUGUAAUGAACCAGGUGGAAUGCCACCCAUAUUUUUCUCAAGUUGACCUCCUGGCACACUGUCGAAAACUGGGAGUUUGUUUGACAGCUUACAGCCCUCUGGGCAGCGGAGACAGACCCUGGGCUUCUCCUGAUGAACCAACAAUGCUCGAGRAUCCACAGCUGGGAGCCAUCGCCCAGAGAUACCAUAAAUCUCCUGCCCAGGUGAUCCUCAGGUGGCACAUUCAGAGGGGCGUAGUGUGCAUUCCCAAAAGUGUGACGCCCUCUAGGAUCCAGCAGAAUUUGAACGUGUUUGACUUUUCUUUGUCACAAGAGGACAUGAAACUGAUGGACUCGUUUCACCGCAACGUGCGCUUCAUUGUUCCAACAGUAGAGAGGGAUGGCAAAAGAGUGUGGAGAGAUGCAGAACAUCCUCAUUUCCCCUUUAAUGAUCCUUACUGAGUGUAAAAGUAGUUACUUGAAGAGGUCUGUAAAACACACUGGAAAAACUGAAUUGCAAUCAGAAAUGUUCCCAGACAACAUUUUUAAAGAUUUAAUUCCUUAAUUGUUUAGAAUGUAAGUUCAGUAAUAAAAUCUUUUUUCAGCUCUAGUGGUCAAAAGUGGCCUGCGUGUUUUUAAAAUAUUGUUCUUUAAAAAAAGGCACUGCUCGCUAACUAGAUCAUUUACAAAACAACCCUUUGAGGAAAAAAAAUGCAUUAACUUCACAAAUUUUGUUGCAGUAACYAUCUGCAUAAAACCUGUCCAAAUAAUAUACUGAAUAAAAACAGUAGUUAAAGUAUCCAUUUAGUGAAAUUUUAUUUUCAGCAACAUAACCUUGACAAAUCUGUAAUACAUUAAAUGCUACUGUUUAUUUUAAAAAAGAAAAAAGUCAUCUGCAAUGUAUUUUUUUUGUUUUUUCAAAGUCUAGCAUUGAAUCCAAUUACUAUAACCAGUCAAGAUUUUUUUCUUCUGAUAUACUGAAGUUGAGGCCACUUAAUCGUUAAUUCCCCCACUUACCUCAAACAAUCUGAGGAGAACAAUUUGCAAUCACUUWUUUUCUAUUUUCAACAUCCCAUUCCCCCACCCACAUCAAAAUCAGAGCAAACCAAGUGGCUACAUGCUUUCUCCAAGGGAAAUUAUACCAAAAAAAAGAAAAAAAAAAAGGAGGAAAAAAG